AUGAGUGGAAUCAAAGGCGAACAAAAUAUUUAUGAUGAUGUCGGACUAUUGAAUACCGAUGAGAGAAUCAUUUUAAACGUUGGCGGUGUAAAGUAUGAAACGUAUCGAUCGACUUUAACCGCUUAUCCGGAUACUCUCCUUGGUACAAUGUUUCAACAGCGUAAUCAACAAUUACUUCACCCAGCAAAUGGUAAUGAGUAUUUUUUUGAUCGUAAUGGAAAAAUCUUUCACUAUAUCAUGGAAUUUUAUCGUACUGGUCAAAUCUUGUGGCGUCCGCCGCCCGAAACAAAUCCACUUCCAUCGAUUAAUCCAAAUAACCCUUCAAAUCACCACAACAACUACAAUAGUAAUAAUGCAAUCACCACCUCCUCCCUUGCCACAACUGUCAAUAAUGGUGAGAAAUUAAAAACCACUUUGAUGAAUUCCGUGACCAUGACCCAAUCACAUUCUUCCUCUUCAUCUACGCCAGCUAAUACUUUGUCGUCCUCGUCAUUUGAAGCGGUUUCGCUUACUGAAUUAGAACUAGAAUUGACUUACUUUCAAAUACCAGUCCCUGAGAAUAGAAUUGAGCUUGCGCACAAAGCCGGUGGAGAAUUGUUAGACGAAUUCGCAUUCGCAAUUGAAGACUUGAUUUAUGCUGCCAUCGCAAAAUUGAUAGAUAGAAUAGCCAUCACAUUUUAUCGCGACGGUUCACCAAUGGAGUGUCCAUUUGCAAUUGCAGGGGACGAAAAGAUUCGACAGUUUAGCGUGAAUGGAUACUGCAUUAUUAACUAUUUUUGUGAAGAUUUGAAAAAAUAUUUGGAAAGUGUGUUUCCACGAAUGUUAUUGAAGUUGGACUGGGGUGUCAAUUACAAAAGUUUGACGAUGAGUAUGAGUUAUUUGUUUGCGAGAAAAGAGAUUCAAAAGCACAGUAAAAUUGGGAGAUUGAUCGCAGAUGCUAACAAUAAUAACAACCAUCAUGAUUCUUCGAAUGGGGGAGCUGCUGCUUUCGCUACACCUACAUCAAUGUCAAUUGGAAUUGCAGCUCAAUCUUUAGAUUCAAAUGAUCCAAGUGGCAGUGGAAGAAGUAGUAGCGCAAAUGAAUCUCCCAUUGAAGAAGAAUCAUAUUUGGCCCCUGGUGCUCGAAUUAUGCAUUUAAUGGCAAUUUUAUCAGCAUAA